AUGAGUCAGUUCAAGUUUCUUAACGAUAUGAAUAAUUUGCUGAAUCUCGAUGGGGAGUUAAAAAAUCAAUCAAAGCCAAGAUGGCAAAGAAAAAUGGAAUCUUCAAUGAAUGGAUCUGUGAACGCUUCAAAACUCAGCGUUUCUUACAACAAUAGCUUCAUGACAGCAAUGAGUGGAACAUCUAUGACGACUGGAAAUAAAACUCCAAAUAAAUCCACCAUUGAUGUCAGUUGCUCUAAAAAGAAGACUCCAAACGAUAAAAAAUCUCCAGGACGUAAAACACCAACAAGAGGAGGAAAUGUUAUCAAUAACAAUGGCUCAAAAACACCUUCAGGUGGAGACAGAUUUAUUCCAAACCGAGUUGCGACAAACUUUGAACUUGGACAUUAUUUGAUGAAACAAGAGCAGCAAAAAACGGAUGGAAAUGAAAAUUCUACAGACAACAAUCAAAAGUCGCCUAGCAACAAAGUUCGAGCUCUUUCUGAAGCAAUGCAUGGAAUGGACAUAUCCAAGAAAAGGAUCUUAACUUAUCAGACAAAAGCUCCUGCUGCUCCUGAAUCUCACAUCAAUCCUCUUCGUGUUGUCUAUUCUGUAAAAACACCAAGUUCAAGUAAAAGUGGAACUCGCUUCAUUCCAACAAAUCCCGAACGUAUUUUGGAUGCUCCUGACAUCUUAAACGAUUAUUACUUAAAUUUACUUGACUGGAGUUCAGCCAAUAUCGUCACUGUAGCUUUAGGAACGUCUGUCUACUUAUGGAAUGCUGAAAGUGGCAAUGUUGAAAUAUUAUUCGAGAAGGAAGCAAACGAUCACGCUUGUUCAUUAGAAUGGAUACAGGAAGGGCACAUCCUAGCUGUCGGUACCAACAACGGAAAUGUUGAGCUUUGGGAUUGCAGCAAAAUGAGACGGUUACGAAUUAUGACUGGACACAGUGCAAGAGUUGGGGCACUGGCAUGGAAUUCUUACGUCGUUUCAUCUGGAUCCAGAGACGGUUCAAUCAUUCAUCACGAUGUCCGACAACGAGAUCAUCUUGUGAGCACUCUCAAUGGACAUUCACAAGAAGUUUGUGGUCUGAAAUGGUCACCCGAUCUCAAGUAUCUUGCAAGCGGUGGCAAUGAUAACUUAGUUAAUAUUUGGGGGGCUGAAUCGGGUUCGAAUAUGACUGGAAGUGCUCCAAUACAUGUUUUGAAUGAUCAUCAAGCAGCUGUUCGUGCUCUUGCGUGGUGUCCAUGGCAAUCCAAUAUUCUUGCAUCUGGAGGUGGCACAGCUGAUCGCUGUAUUAAAUUUUGGAAUGUCAGUAAUGGGACAUGCGCAAAUUCCGUAGACACGAAUUCACAAGUUUGUUCGCUUUUGUUCUCGAAAAAUUAUAAAGAACUCAUUUCUGCUCAUGGGUAUGCAAACAAUCAAUUGACAAUUUGGAAAUAUCCUUCGAUGAUCAAACAAGCUGACCUUACCGGCCAUUCUCAGCGUGUUCUUCAACUGGCAAUGUCACCUGAUGGAAGCACAGUUAUGAGUGCUGGAGCUGACGAAACUUUACGCUUAUGGAACUGCUUUGCUCCUGAUCCACAUUUUGACAAAAAGAAAAUUACAAAAACUGAAAAAACAAGCUUUUUGUUAAAGCAAAGCAUUCGAUAACUCCAAAAUUGUUAUUAUUGAAAUUGAGUUAAGGCUGAUAAAGAUAAUUUGCCAUUUCUUUUGACUAAAUAAAUUUAAGUUUAAUUCAUUUUUAUUAUUUUCAUUUUUAUGUGUACGACAAAGUUUUCUUUUUUAAUAAAAUGUCAAGAAAAGAAGCAAAAUAUCUUUAUUUAAUUUAAUCUUUGAGUAGCUUACGUGCGUUGAAAGCUUUGAAUCUUCUAUAUUGGAUUAUUGA